GCAGUCAACUUCCGGAUAACAACCGUGUAAACUUAGCAACGAGAUAAUCAGUGAAACUGUCGGAUUUCUUCCAGUGUUUAUCUUCAACUUGUUUUCAAAAUGUACAAACUCGAUCUUCCAGUAGAUUACAAGGAAGCGGCUGCAAUUGAGCGCCGUAGGUUGAUGGAAGAACAAAGAAAAUCAAGAAUUUUUAAUUCUAAAUGCAGAACUAUUGGGGUAGACUUACAAGCUAUUGAACAACAAGUUAGAGACAAAAAGGAACAGGAGGAUUAUGAAAGGAAACGUAGUGAAGCCUUUGCUGCUGAUGCUGUUAGAAAUGACAAAAUUUCUCAGAUGUUGGAGAAAAGACAGGAGCAAGAUGUGAGAGCAUUAAAUCAGGCAUUAAAUGAUUUCCGAUCUUUACACCAACAGCCAGAUGGUCGUAGAGAGUUUGAUUUAUAUGACCCCGAUUAUUUGAAGAAGGACAAACCUGGCCGUGUCAGUGAUGAUGAUCCAAGAUGUGGUAUUUCAAGUAUUCAAAAAUUUGAAGGUGAAGACCUUAAUAAUAAAGCAAGAACAAAAUUCCAACAAGAACAAUUGCGAGAAUGGUCAACACAACAAGCCAAUGAAAAAGAACAAGCAAAACGUAAUCAGGAUGAAGCAGAUCGUUUAUAUCAACUGAAAAUGAGAGAAUUAGAUCAACGAGGAAUGGAACUUGAGAAAGCUGAAGAUGACUGUAAAAGAGCAAUAAAUAUGGCUACAACAGAUUACAAUAAUGCACUAGCAAGAGAAAGAAAUGAACGUGAGAGACUUAAGAAACAGCAAGAAUUUGAUGAUAAUAUGACAGAAAUCGCCAAUCACAUAUUUGGUGACACUUUAACGGAGAACCCUGCUGUUGCUCAAAGUGCAUUUGGUCCUCAUCGUGUCAUCCCAGACAGGUGGAAAGGAAUGAGUCCACAACAGCUAGAGGCUAUACGAAAGGAACAAGAAAAACAAAGGCUAGAGAAACAGCGAAGAGACCAGGAAGAUACACUGAGAGAAAUUGAACAUGCAAGGCAAGCAAAUGCCAAUGCCAGAGCUGGUAUGUUGUUAGAGAGAGAAAUGGACAGGAAACACAAAGAUAUCAACAGAGAAAUGGCAGACGAAAACAGACGUUUAGGUCUUGAACAGGAAUCCCACAAACAGUAUUUGGAGAAAGAAGUUUACACCAACCCACCCACAGCCUCCUAUUUCAUGCAGUUCAACACAAGCACACGAUAAUCUGGACACAACUUAAUUAUUUGUUUUUAAAUUUACUUAUUCAUAUGUGUUUUAUGCAAGAAGAAAAAAGAAAUAUACUGUCCACAAUUAAGACAAGCCAUUCAAAUAUGACAGUUGAAAUCAGACAGUUGACUUGGCUAGUCUGAUUUAUAUUGAUGAAUGUGAUGAGUGAGAGGAAUCUGUAUGACUGUGAAUCUCAAAUGUUGGCUUUUACACUUCUGUAAUAGGCUAAUUGAUAAUGAGUGGAUUUUAAUACAUAUAUAUUACAUGACAUAGCAGUGUUCCAUUUUAUGUCACUAUUCUGCUCUCAUGAAGACAGAGAAAAGGUGAAUGACAUGUUUUUGAAAACGGAAAUAGGAUACUGAUUAUUUUAUGUUAUUUUCAGAAAAGUUCUAAAUUUAUACUUUGCAUCAAAUUGUCAAUAUCUAUUCUGUUAAUGAAAUUUGAAAGGGCUGAUUACUUCUUUCCAGCAAAAGCAGUUUGAUUCAUUUUCCUGUUGUUUUAACUGCUUGCUAAUAUAUCUCAUUGUUGCAGUUUGCAAAUAUUCAUGUUAAUGAUUGUUUAACAUUUAGCAUAUUAAUUUCAUAAGUUGGAUAAAUCCCAUAUUGAUUGAUAUCAAGUUUUAGGGGCACAUAUUUGCCAUUUUUGUUAUGUACAUAUGUAUAGAAUAAAUUGUACAUUCCAUUGUAACUGUGAUAUAGUCUAUAAACUAUUUAUAAAGAAGUAAAACAGAAAAGUAA